AUGGUUCUCUGGUUUUGUAAGUCUCUGAUGCCGUUCGAUUCGAUAUCUGAUCAAGCUAUGAAGGAUUUUUUUCAAAAAUAUGACAUCAUUGAGUCUGAUGCAGACAUGCCUUCUAGAGACACGGUGUCUCGCACUGCUCUUGAUGACGUUUAUGAAAGCAUGCUGAAUGAUGUCAAAUCUCAAAUACGAGCAGAUGCGCCUCGACAUGCAGCUAUCACAUUUGAUCUAUGGUCUGAUCAAUAUCGACACCGGAACUACAUAACAUUUACAUUUCACUACUUAACAGCUGGUAAGUCAUAA